CAGUUUUCUAAAAAACCCAGAUCGCGAUUUGUAGUUUUUAAUCGAAUUUUGAUACAAAAAUGGAGAACAACCAACAGUCGUUUUGGCAGUUCAGCGAUCAGCUUCGAGUCCAAGCCUCCAAUUUCGCAAAUCUGAACAUCAACGAUUCGAUUUGGAGCAAUUCGUACAGCAAGAGGCCUGAUGAGAGGAGGAAUUUCGAUAUAAAGGUCGGCGGAGAAGUGAGUCCGAUAGUUAAUUUAACUCCGAAAGGGUCCGAUUUCAACGGGUUCAACGACUCGUGGGUCGACAAUCUGAAGCCGAAAGCGGCGUUUUCCGACGCGAACGGCAGUUCCAACGACGGAUGGAACAGCUUCAAGCCGAAAGCUUCGGAGUUGAACAACGGAUUCAACGACAACAGAUGGAAUAGCUUCAACCCAAAGGCUUCGGACUUCAGCGACAACAGAUGGAACAGCUUCAACCCAAAAGCUUCAGACUUCAACAACGCUUUCAACGACGGGUGGAAACUCGGCGGCGCUGCCGGGUCGCAGAAUAGCGCCGUUGGUCUCAAUGGCGGUUUCAACAAAGGGAUUUACUCCAAGCCUGCAAUUCACAACAACGUUAUGAAUUUGAAGCCGUACAAGAACAAGGCCCACGAGGAAAAUCAGAUUCAUGGCGGGAAAACUGGGAAGAAGAAUAACAACAGCAAUCCCGGUAAGAAGAAAUCCGGCGCCGGCGCCGGCGCCGAUGACAAUAACAAGGAUGGCAAGAGUGGCGUGGAUAAGAGGUUUAAGACGCUUCCGCCGGCCGAGUCUCUGCCCAGAAAUGAGACCAUUGGUGGGUACAUCUUUGUCUGCAACAAUGAUACCAUGCAAGAGAAUCUCAAGAGGGAGCUUUUUGGAUUGCCUCCACGUUAUCGUGAUUCAGUGAGGGCGAUAACUCCGGGGUUGCCCCUGUUCCUCUACAACUACUCCACCCACCAACUCCAUGGUAUUUUCGAGGCUGCGAGUUUUGGAGGGACCAACUUUGAUCCGUCGGCCUGGGAGGACAAGAAGUGUCCCGGCGAAUCACGCUUUCCAGCUCAGGUUCGAGUUUUUACUCGGAAAGUUUGUGAGCCACUCGAAGAGGACUCGUUCAGGCCAAUUCUUCACCACUACGACGGCCCUAAAUUCCGACUUGAACUUAGCGUACCCGAGGCACUGUCUCUGUUGGAUAUAUUUGCAGACCAAAACCCUUGAACAACAACAAAAUACAAAGGCCGCACAUAAAAUACAAGAUAUGAAGUUAGUGAAGAAAAGAGAGAAUAGUGAACCGUAGGGCUUACAUGGCACCAAAUAUGGAUAUAGUGCGUUGAGUAUCUGGGAAGAGUUUUAGAAGAAUCAAUCAAUCAGAAGACAGUGAAUAUAUACAUAUAAAAAUAGUGUGUAUAAUAAUAUAGUUGUAUAAUCUUUUGCAAAAGAACCCAUAUAUAAUUAUGCUUUUGUCCUUUUUGUUUUUCUCUUGCAAUGUAUAAGCAAGUCCAGAUGAUGAGAACCGAAUCCUUAUGAUGGAAUAUGAGGUGUAUAUGGGGGAUGGAAAGAACUUGGAUUAUCGAAAUAUUACCUCUGUUACAGCA